AGAAACAAUGGCAGGAAGUGGAGAAGAUGGUGAUCAUUCCUUGUCUUCUGCUUUGCUUCCUCUUCUCCCAAACUCUUCAGAGAACUCUUCACAAGUUUGUAGGCAUGGAUUCUUCAUGGGGUUCUCAAGGUCUGUUGUUGUUGUGGAGGUGAAGAGGCAGCUAUGGCUUGCAGGUCCUUUGAUAGCAGUGAGUCUCCUGCAAUACUUCUUGCAGGUUAUCUCUCUAAUGUUUGUUGGGCACCUUGGGGAGCUUGCUUUGUCUGGGGCUUCUAUGGCUACUUCUUUUGCCAAUGUCUCUGGCUUCAGCUUGCUGUUGGGCAUGGGAAGUGCAUUGGAUACUUUAUGUGGGCAGGCUUAUGGCGCAAAACAGUAUCGCUCACUCGGUGUACACAUGCAAAGAGCUAUGAUUGUUCUUCUCUUUGUUAGCAUUCCUUUAUCCUUCUUAUGGGCCUUCACCAGUGAAAUUCUCAUGAUACUUGGCCAAAAUGCUGAAAUAUCUGGUGAAGCUGGAUUAUAUGCUUGUUGGUUAAUCCCCAGCCUUUUUGCUUACGGUCUACUUCAGUGCCAGGUUAGGUUUUUGCAAACCCAAAAUAUUAUCUGGCCAAUGUUAAUAUGCUCAGGAAUCACAACCUUAUUCCACAUUCUUGUAUGCUGGAUUUUGGUAUACAACUCUGGACUCGGCAAUAAGGGAGCUUCCUGUGCAACCUCCAUAUCAUACUGGAUUAAUGUUUUUUUAUUAGCCAUGUAUGUCAAAUUCUCUAAAUCCUGUGAACACACUUGGGUGGGUCUGACGAGGGAGGCGAUGUGUGGUAUAAUCAACUUCAUAAGGCUCGCUGUUCCUUCGGCCUUUAUGAUUUGCUUGGAGUAUUGGUCAUUUGAGAUGGUGGUUUUGCUGUCUGGUCUUCUUCCCAAUCCAAAGCUUGAAACUUCUGUAUUGUCAAUCAGCCUUAACACUAUGUGGAUGGUUUAUAUGAUCCCCACUGGCCUUGGAAGCGCAGUGAGUAUAAGAGUUUCAAAUGAAUUGGGUGCUGGGAACUCACAAGCUGCACGUUUAGCAGUACUGGCUGUAUUUAUCAUAGCCAUUACUGAAGGUUUGAUAGUGGCCCUUCUCACUAUUUUGGUGCGUGAUGUCUGGGGCUAUUUGUACAGCAGUGAACAACAAGUUGUGAGUUAUGUUUCAGCAAUGAUGCCAGUUCUUGCAGCUUCUGACUUCAUGGAUGGAAUACAAUGUGCACUUUCAGGUGCUGCGAGAGGAUGUGGUUGGCAAAAGAUCUGUUCUUUUAUUAAUCUUGGAGCUUAUUAUGUUGUUGGUAUCCCUUCUGCUAUUCUCUUCGCUUUUGUCUUGCACGCUGGUGGGCAGGGACUUUGGUUUGGAAUCAUAAGUGCACUUAUUGUUCAACUAUCGGUGCUUUUUGUUAUUAUCCUUCGCACCAACUGGGAUCAAGAAGCAAUGAAGGCCAUAAACAGAGUUAAAGACUCUGCUAUCAAUGCUGAAGCAAAAUACUGAGUUUGUACAUGCUUGUUCACGUCGAUUCAAUCGUGGACCCUGGAGUAAUGAUUUGUAAUAUUUACUUCGUUAUGGUAUCACUAUUUAUUUCUUUGAAUACAUUCUGGAGUCAAUAACACAUCACAUUCCAUAUCAAACUUUUCUGUCAAUAGAUACAUUCACUUGCAAAGGCAAACAACAUCAAGCUUUGGGGAAAAUCAAUUCUAGUAACCCUGAAUGAAAAAGAUCACAGUACAUGGUGAUGUUAUUCUCA